AACAUAUUCCAAUUUUCUUUAUUUCUUUUUCUUUUUUUCUUCUUGUAUUGCCAUGGGCCUAGGUUUUAAGUUUUCCACUAAAAAUAGAGGAUUUUAGAUUAUCUUUUCAUUAAUGUAACGCAUCUUCAUGUGUGGACAUGCUGAAAAGGGUAAACAAAGAAAACUGGCUUGCCUGGGAUGCUCUCAGCACUGAAGAGGCCACAUCUCGAGUACUGCGCUCAGUUUUGGACACCUCGCUACAAGAAAGACAUUGACCCAACCAAGAGCCAUGCUUCUUUCAUCUCGGCCUGCAGAGCAGCAGAACCACUUUAGAACACAAUGCUAUUUGAUUUGCAUGAAAAUAUUUCAACUUGUUGCGAGGCUCUGUAUUCCUGAUGCUUGCAGAGCGCUCUGCAGCUAUGAGUGUAGUAAUAAGGUUUAAGUGUCACGUGUUUCAAACACUUGCCUGUAUUUUAUCCUGUGCUCUAUACUAUUUGGCCAAGUAAUGCAUUCUCUUCUGUAUCUAUUUGCAUUGUAUUCAAAUUUUGAGAAGUGCUUCUUAAACAUCAGCCACUAGGUAGCCCAGUGCAUUGUUUUUCUUACAGGGAAGAAAAAUCUGUGUCUGGUAAUCUCAUCUGGAAAAUCAGAUUAAUGUGGGAGUCUUGUCUGCUGUAAAUUCAUUGGUCUGUCAGAGCCAAAUAAAGCGACAAACCCAUCUAACAGGCAAGAAGACUGGGAAUAUAUCAUUGGAUUCUGUGACCAGAUCAACAAAGAGCUUGAAGGGCCGCAGAUAGCUGUAAGACUCCUGGCUCAUAAGAUCCAGUCGCCGCAGGAAUGGGAGGCAGUCCAAGCCUUGACAGUGCUGGAAGCCUGUAUGAAAAAUUGUGGGAGAAGAUUUCAUAAUGAAGUAGGAAAGUUUCGCUUUUUGAAUGAAUUAAUAAAAGUUGUGUCUCCAAAGUAUCUAGGAGAUCGGAUCUCAGAGAAAGUGAAGACGAAAGUCAUUGAAUUACUAUAUAGCUGGACAGUGGCACUACCAGAAGAAUAUAAAAUCAAAGAUGCCUACUACAUGCUGAAGCGACAAGGGAUUGUAAUGUUUGAUCCUGUGAUUCCUGUGGACAAAAUCCUGAUUCCUUCUCCACCACCUCGUCCCAAAAACCCUGUGUUUGAUGAUGAAGAGAAAUCCAAGCUUCUAGCCAAACUACUGAAAAGCAAAAAUCCGGACGAUUUACAAGAGGCCAACAAGCUUAUUAAAUCCAUGGUAAAAGAGGAUGAGGCUCGGAUUCAGAAAGUGACAAAACGUAUGCACACGUUGGAGGAAGUAAAUAACAAUGUGAAACUGCUGAACGAGAUGUUGGUUCAUUAUAGCAAAGAGGACUCAUCAGAGGCUGAUAGAGAGCUCAUGAAGGAACUCUGUGAAAGGUGUGAAACCAAAAGACGGACAUUAUUCAAACUAGCCAGUGAGACGGAGGAUAAUGACAGCAGCUUGGGAGAUAUUCUGCAGGCCAGUGACAACUUAUCACGUGUGAUAAAUUCCUAUAAAAAAACAAUAGAGGGGCAAGUGAUCAAUGGUGAAGUGGAUCUCCAAGUGAUCUCAGGAGUGGAAGGGAGUAAGAACACCCUCAUUGACCUUGCUGGACUGGAUGUCACCAGCACCUCAACACCUCCAGUGGCACCCACCACCCUGACACCAGCCCCCACAGCAGCCCCAGUUCCAGCAGAAAUCCCUGUUCUCCCACCUCCUCCACAGACAUUUUCACAAUUGCGGAGCAGUUCCUUGAGCCAAGUGGAAGCUGCACCCACUCAGCAGAGCAGCACAGCUAAUUCUCUUUCCUUGCUGGAUGAGGAGCUUCUGUGUUUAGGCUUGAAUGACCCAGCUCCUGCAGCAGGGAAGGAGGCAUCAGAAAAAAACCAGUGGAGCAUGUUUGAGAAUGAGCAGCUGGACCUGGAUUUCUUCAAUCCAAAGACGGUGACUGUUGAUUGCAACCCUACAGGGAACCAUCUUCUCCAUCACACAUUGCAGACCACAUGUGGAACAUCAGUGACACUGCCUUCUGCUUUCACAGCCUCUCAGACUGCUCCCAGCAUGCCUGCACCAAACUCCAUACCAUUUGUGUUCUCUGCUGGGCUGGCUGCCCCUGUGGGGCCUUCCAAGACAAUUCCAGCUGCUCCUGGGUACUUAAGCUCAUCUGCAUUGGGACAACUCCUUGAAGAAUCCAAAGGGACUGCCACGCAAGGCAUGGCAACACCCUCAGUGUUACCUGGGGUUACUUUGCCAGCCUCUGUCACGUCUUCUGCGUUAAUGGCACCUGCUGGGCUGCCAGUCACUGCUCCAGGAACACCCCCAAUUCCUUUCCCAAACAGCUGCACUGCUGUCUCAGGGAGCUCUCUCUUCCAUCCAGCAUCAUUCCAGCAGCAAGACAGUCCUAUGAAAGCACCUGAAAUUUCUUUGGCCAACAUCCACGUUCCCUUGGAAUCUAUUAAACCUAGCAGUGCCCUCCCGGUGACAGCCUAUGACAAGAAUGGCUUCCGCAUCCUCUUGCACUUUGCCAAGGAGUGCCCACCAGGAAGGUCAGAUGUGCUGGUUGUGGUAGUCUCAAUGCUGAACACAGCACCCCUUCCUGUGAAGAACAUUGUGCUGCAGGCUGCUGUACCUAAGUCCAUGAAAGUGAAGUUGCAGCCACCCUCUGGCACAGAGCUGUCUCCAUUCAAUCCCAUCCAGCCGCCUGCUGCCAUCACCCAAAUCAUGCUUUUGGCAAAUCCUACAAAGGAGAAAGUGAGGCUAAGAUACAGACUGACCUUCACACUGGGAGACCAGCUUGCCACAGAGGUUGGUGAAGUGGAUCAGUUCCCUCCAGUGGAGCUGUGGGGGAAUUUAUGACCUUGGAACCUUGGACUUGAACCAGAGACUGUGACAGGACCCAGAAAGGAUCCCACAGGACUGAAAUGAAUGUGGCGGGGGAGGGACGCACAUGCUAUUCACUGGUGAUGUUAAGCUUUGUUUACAUGUCCUGCCCACUCUGCUUGUAGCUUUAGUCCAGAACGUUGCACACCAUGUUGAAGGGGUCCUGGGACAUCUAUGCCAAGUAUGAACUGAAGGCAGCUGGUGACACGUAGUGCUGGUUGCUUUUAUCUUGACCUCCAGGUGAAUGGUUCUGUAUUCCACUCUAUUAAACUUGAAGUUACUGUUUUUUGAGGGGAGACCUGUCAACAGGAGACUUAAGUUAGCGUGUUCCUGUACUGCUGUCCAGAGCUACAUACAUGCUGGUAAUGAUGCUACCCUGAGCUUCCUCAGUGCAGAGCCCUUACAUGUGUCCUCCCUUGGACUCUUACCUCCUCAGUGCCAGACUGGACCUGCUAAGCAUGUUAAGCAAUAAUGCUGGCUCCAUGAGGGAAUGCUUUUUUUAUUUUAUUUUAUUUUAUUUUUUAAACACUGAAGUGGCACUUUGCUCCCUCCAUCUGCUGCAUUUCCAGUGGCCAGUGUAAGCAGACCCCAGCUCUUGUGUGGUGUGACACCGCUGUAUCUUCAGUUAAUAUAUUUAUAUGUGGGCUGCCUCCUUGUUGUAUCCGUUUGGGGCAGCUCGGACUGUUUUGUAUGCAAAUGGCUGAACUGGUUAUUUUUUUGCAUUCAUCGCAUUCCGUAGUGUGGGGAAAAAAAGUGUGAUGAGGUGGUAAAGCCAAGCAAUGGAGCUGGAAAGUUGUUUUCAGCAUUAAUGGAGGGCAGCAGCUGGCAUGCAGAAGUGUCUUUACAGCCACUAACCCAAGGAUGGGGAGAGUGCCUCUCAGGUCCUCUCCUGCAGGCAGUGUUAUGUAGUUCAGUACUAAGAUUACUGUGAAAUACAAUGUGGAAAUAAUAGAGCUGUUGGAUAGCUGAACAGAAACAAGCGGGGAAUGGAAAGAAGACUGCUGUGGCGAUGCAUAUGCCCUGUUUUAAUAGUUCUCUAUACUAAGUGGCUUAGUGCAAUCAUCUCUUGAAGAGGGAGAGUUUUACUGGACAUCAGAACUCAGUGCUAGCAGGUGGUAGAGGAAUUGACUAGAAACUAGGUUUAAGUGACUGAAAGUUGAUUGCAGAAGCCCCUUCCUUCUCUCAAAGUUCAAUCUCAAGCAGUGCCUCAAAUAGCUUUGAGACACUGUUUUAGUGUUUGUUUUUAACAACCGCUGACAAAAGCACAGCUAGGAUGGACCCUUGGUCAAAGUGCUGCUGGAAUUAAUACAGGCUCUAAAACCAGAACUCAAAUACUGCUUGGAGUUAGUUAUGUUGUCUUUUCUGUGAUGAGAAAUAAAUACUAGAGAUGGAGAAACUGUGGAUUUAAAGGCCUGAAGGAUCAAAGGUAUCAGGCAAUUGUGGAAACUCUGAGGGGGAGGAAUCCAAAGCUUUGGCCAAGGACCUUGCUGUAUGCUGCUCUGAAGCUCAUGAGGACACAUCCUUGUCAGCUCCCUGACAAGGAGGGCAGGCAAAAGGGAGUUGCCUCUUUUAGAUUCCUACAGAAAGCAGCAAUUUUAAACUGAUGGACUGUGAUGGAGAACAAGGAAAGAAUUCUUUCUGCCUCAGAAAUGUUCUUGCCACUUCAGGCACGGUAGGCAUAGGGAUGGUAUUUAGGUUACUUAAGUCUGCCCAGGUGCUGUAAGCAUACCCUGAGGAAGCAGACUUCACUGCUUUAGAUGCCUGUACGUGAAUCUCACUGUGACUCUGAGGAAGUCAGAAGAGCACAGGUGCUUUCUGCAGAACAGCGUUGUUCUCACUGUUACUGGCAGUGCACUGCUGUGCUGUAAAGCCAAAUGCAAAGAUGCCAUAGUCUUGCUGCAUGGAAAAUGCAUUGUUACAAGCUUUGGAAAUUAAGCUAUGAAUGAGAGUUCCUUGUUAGUAGGUUGAGGUUCCUGCUUCACACCAAACAGCCAUUACUGUAAAUACAUCUAAAUACAUUUGUUUUGCUGCAUGUUAAAUAAAUUGGUUUCCCUACUUUUCUGUGGGGACAGCCCUUA